AUGGAAGAAUCGCUCCUUCACCUACGAAGUCACUGUAGCAGCCUCCAAUAUCCGCUAACAUUGCGCCUUACCUCUUGUACUACGCUGUUCGCUUUGCUGUCGUUUCCUGUAUCUGUUGCUUCGUUCAGUUUCCCUUGCAGCGAUCAGCGACAUGACAUUCGUCGUCGCCCUUGCCAUCGCGGUUGCCAUACACACAGUUAUCGGAGCCGUGAACCCAACGAACUAUACCCCACGGUGGCCUUCUGGGACGAUGACUAUGCCGCGGAGGAGGAUUGGAAUAAGAAUGCAGCCAAAGGAGGCGCCCUGAUUUGUGGUCUCGAAGGCUCUGAUCAGACCGCAGGCCGUCAGAUGAAAGAUACUCGCGAACCCCCAUCUGCUGCAAGGCCUUACAAUAGUGAUCUCAAGACAGAGCUCCAGGACUGGUACUGGCGAGAAACUAGGUCAUCGUCGUUCAGCUGCAGCUUUUCUGAGCACUGGCAUUUCUCAUAUGCGAUGCGCUCACUUGGUCUCGACGGACGCCCGACUUCAGCAGGAGGAGACAAUCAGUGCUACAGGGUCGAGCAUUGGGAUUCAGAGAAAAGAGACGAUAAGGGCAACCAGAUUCCGGCUAUCAAUCAGUGGUACAGCGCCGCAGGUAACAGUAAGCAAUACAGAGCAACAAAGGCGCAUUUUGAAUUCGGAAUCAACUCCAAAGGAGGCGCUAUCUAUGCUCUCUUCCUUGAGAGCCCUCAAGCAUCCGCCAAAACCAUGUGGGGUGGUGGUACGAAGGAGCCGAACAAAGAUGACCUACCGCAACUUCGCGCUUUCUCAGACAUCAUCUGGGGAUUUUGGGUUCGUAACAACCCGAACAUCAAAAACAUUCGCUAUUUCUUCAUGAUAGCCAUCUCCAACGAGGUGACUAAUCAAAUCAUCGCUUCUUGUCUACGCGACCGAAACACCGAACUAAGCGAAUGGCCGGGAACCCACUUCUCUACCACCACGGAUCAUGGCCAUGCGUUAUUAGGAUCUCGAAAUGGUGCUGUAUUCGCUUACUUUCUCAUGCAGCACAAACUUCAGCUUGGUCAAAAGACUAUAAGCAAAAUCACCAUAUUUAGGCCAGAAACAGACGACGACGUCAGCCUUGUCGACGCUUCUCUGUGUUUUCACGUGGUGGAUGGUUCGCAGCCACCAUCUGACGAUGCUCGUGUGGAACGGACUGAUAGCCUAAGAGCUCGACUUGUGCAAGAAGCAGAUGCAAAAGAUUCAUCAACCAACAGCUUGGUAAGGACUCACGAAAUCCAUAUGUAGCCAACCAUUGGCGGGUGUUUCAGGUAUGAGGAUGGUGUAGGCAGACACACAAGCACAAACUUGCUGCACGGAUGCAGUGUACUGUUUCCAAGCUUCUACGGCUGAUCACUUGUAGCACAUGCCGAGC